ACUAGACAUAUGCCGCCAGCCUCAUGGCCGAGUGCGGCGACAACGGCAACACCAACGUGAACCAAGACUAUGUGACCUCCAACGUCCUGGACAAGCAGUACUACCAGAACGUGAUCGACAACAAAGUGUUGUUCACCUCGGACGCCGUGCUCAACUCGACGGAAGAAACGAGAAUGGAGGUGAUGCAAAACGCUAACACGGCCGGGACGUGGGAGAGGAAGUUCGAGAAAGCCAUGGAGAAAAUGGGAAAAAUCAAAAGCGACCAGCAAAGCGUGGAGAUCAGGAAGGUAUGUUGGAAAGUCAACAACAACUACAAAUAAGGUUGGCCAGUUGUAAUGCGUGGUGGCUGGCUGGCUCCAUGGCGGGAUCGCCUGAUGCACGAGAUGUAAGUUCGUCUAGCUACUGUCAUUGUUGGUUUUUUUGUACUAAAACUCUCUCCCUGUGUGUGUGUGAGAGAGAGAGAGUGAGUGAGUGUGUGUGUGUGUGUGUGUGUGUGUGUGUGUGUGUGUGAAUAAAGAUAUAAGUAUCAAGUAAAUGUGUAUGUUUAGUACUUCAGUU